AUGACAGCAACGCCACGGUGUAUCACGUUGCCUCACUCAGUCGCCCUGGCAUCGCCCUUCCUCAAACAUCACAUUCGCCUUCUGCCCCACCGUCACCGACGCUUCCUCUUACAGUCGCCCACGCUUCCUCUUACCGUCCCCCACGCUUCCUCCCACCGUGGCUCACGCUUCCUCCCCGUCAACCACGCUUCCCCCCACCGUCGCCAACGCUUUUCCCCACCGUCGCCAACGCUUUUCCCCACCGUCGCCAACUCUAUUCCCCACCGUCGCCAACUCUUUUCCCCACCGUCGCCAACGCUUCUCCCCACCGUCGCCCACGCUUCCCCCCACCGUCGCCCACGCUUCCCCCCACCGUCGCCCACGUUUCCCCCCACCAUCGCCCACGUUUCCCCCCACCGUCGCCCACGUUUCCCCCCACCGUCGCCCACGUUUCCCCCUACCGUCGCCCACGUUUCCCCCCACUGUCGCCCACGCUUCCCCCCACCGUCGCCCACGCUUCCCCCCACCGUCGCCCACGCUUCCCCUGCCAUCGCCCUCCGUGUCGCCCGGGAAUCCCCCCUCUCGCCGGCCUUCCUCCCCUCCCGCGAAAAACCCCCCCGUCCUCUCAUUACCCCGACCUCUCAUCCCCCUGUCCCCUGUCCUCUCAUCCCUCUGUCCUCUCAUCCCCCCGUCCUCUCAUCCCCCUGUUCCCUGUCCUCUCGUCCCCCCAUCCUCUCAUCCCCCCGUCCCCUGUCCUCUCGUCCGUCUGUCCUAUCAUCCCCCCGUCCUCUCAUCCCUCUGUCCUCUCGUCCCCCUGUCCUCUCAUUACCCUGUCCUCUCAUCCCCCCGUCCUCUCAUCCCUCUGUCCUCUCGUCCCUCCGUCCUCUCAUCCCCCUGUCCUCUCGUCCCCCUGUCCUCUCAUCCCCCGGUCCUCUCAUCCCCCUGUCCACCCUCCUCUCAUCCCUCCGUCCUCUCAUCCCCCUGUCCUCUUGUUCCCCCGUCCUCUCAUCCUUCUGUCUUCUCAUCCCCCCGUCCUCUCACCCCUCUGUCCUCUCGUCCCCCCGUCCUCUCACCCCCCUGCCCCCUCAUCCCCCUGUCCUCUCAUUCUCACCCACCCGUCCUCUCAUCCCCCUGUUCCCUGUCCUCUCGUCCCCCCAUCCUCUCAUCCCCCCGUCCCCUGUCCUCUCGUCCCCCUGUCCUCUCAUCCCCCGGUCCUCUCAUCCCCCUGUCCACCCUCCUCUCAUCCCUCCGUCCUCUCAUCCCCCUGUCCUCUUGUUCCCCCGUCCUCUCAUCCUUCUGUCUUCUCAUCCCCCCGUCCUCUCACCCCUCUGUCCUCUCGUCCCCCCGUCCUCUCACCCCCCUGUCCCCUCAUCCCCCUGUCCUCUCAUUCUCACCCACCCGUCCUCUCAUCCCCCUGUUCCCUGUCCUCUCGUCCCCCCAUCCUCUCAUCCCCCCGUCCCCUGUCCUCUCGUCCCUUCGUCCUCUCAUCCCCCUGUCCUCUCGUCCCCCUGUCCUCUCAUCCCCCGGUCCUCUCAUCCCCCUGUCCACCCUCCUCUCAUCCCUCCGUCCUCUCAUCCCCCUGUCCUCUCGUUCCCCCGUCCUCUCAUCCUUCUGUCCUCUCAUCCCCCCGUCCUCUCACCCCUCUGUCCUCUCGUCCCCCCGUCCUCUCACCCCCCUGUCCCCUCAUCCCCCUGUCCUCUCAUUCUCACCCACCCGUCCUCUCAUCCCCCUGUUCCCUGUCCUCUCGUCCCCCCAUCCUCUCAUACCCCCGUCCCCUGUCCUCUCAUCCGCCUGUCUCUCAUCCCCCCGUCCUCUCACCCCCCCUUCAUAUUCUCUCUGUCCCCCUUCUCUCUGUUUCCCUUCUCCUUAUCGCCUUUCUCCCUGACCCUCGUCUUCCUCACCCCCUUCCCCGUAUACCUAUCCCCAACUACCACCAUUGCCUUCCUUGCCCUUCCUCACCCUCCCUCCUAUUUCCCCCCACCCUCUGCCUCCCUUUCCCUCACCAUCUCCCCAUGUGUGGCAACUAUCAGCAAGCUCAUCGCCACCACACCUCCUCUCUCAACAGAGGACAAUGCACUGAUGUGGAUGGAGACCGGGGGUUGUCCACCUCCAACACCACCUGUUGGCUCGUACACCAUAUGA